AUGCCAAGGCCAUCCUCAAUUAUUCAUGGGAUUCCAUCUUCAACAAACCAAAUUGAUUGCAAUAUCCCACAUGAAGAGGAUCGCUUGACCAUUGAAGCCAAACCAGUACUGCUGCUAUCUGAUGAUGAACUUGGGACUAUAGAUCAGAGCUUUUAUGAUUGUCAAGCUGCUUGGCCUAAUUCAGACUCCGAGGAUGAUUUUUACAGUGCGAGGGGUGAUUCUAUAUCCUGUGCCAGCACUUCAAGCAGACGUAGCAUUAAUAAGACAUGCAGUCUUGAAAGAAACAGGAAAAAGAAAAUCAGUCUUGAACAAAAACCUAGUCCAGAGAAGAAAGAGAGACUUGUUGAGCUGCUGCAGGAUCCUUUCUGGAGUGAUCUGGUUGCAUCUACUGAUAUCAGCGAUGGCGGAUUCGAGUCAGAGGCAACAAGCCUGGACCAGUCCAGCGUCCACAAAAGCCCUGCACUGGGUAUAGGAGGAUCACAACUAGAUUUGCAUGCGAUUAAGAAGAAAAGAAUGACCGGAACUCACUGUGGAUGCGUUCCAAGUUUGAAGGAGAAAAAGAGGAGUAAUCUUACAAGAAAAGCAAGGAAUUGA